AUGGGGGUUACCCGACACACGGCGAAGGCCGGCCCCAAGGCCAAAACCGGGGCGAGCAAGGCCAAGGCCAAGGCUAAGCCCACGGCAGCGAAGAAGGCAAAGGACCCCGUCAAGGGCAAACUCAGCAACCUGGUAACACAAUCCAAGAAUGCAGUGAAGAAGUUGGAGGAUCACGACAGCGGCAAAGCAACUCUCAGCGAAGAGGAAGUCGGCAAGCUCAGAAGCAAGAAGAAAUUCUACGACGACUAUUGCCAAUUGCCCCGGAAUGCCACCGAGCAAAGGAUGCAAAUGCUCUCCUCCUGGGAGCAAGACAAGACAGGGAAGAUGUGGGCCGAGAAGAUCCAGUCCCUGGAGAACGACAAGGCGACCACCGCCAGCAAGGUGGGUGGGUUCUUGUCUCGUUGGGAGAUCGCCGACCAGGAGAACCUGAACCUUCAGAUCCCCGAGCAGAAGAAGCUUUGGGAGUCCAUCCUCGAGGAAAUCCCCUAUGAUGAGGACUGGAACCAAGAGGAUAAUCGUGAGCGAGCCCUUGCAAAAGCCGGGGAACGUCGCUACCACUACGGCAAAACCAAGAUGACAACGACAACGGACACAGUUCGUCACAAAGAGACGAUGCAGGCCGGGUACAACCUGAACGACAAGGAGAAGAAGCAGGCCCUGCAGGACAGCCCCAAUCAGCCUUCAAUCGAGGUCCGGGAUCCCCUUUUGGUUGCCUUGAGGCAAGAGCUGCAGACCAUGAACUCCGGGAAAAAGGCUGUCGAGAGAAACCUGAGCACGAUCAAGGAUCUCCAGGUUUUCGCGAACACUAAGGGCCUGAGCAAGAUGAAAGAUGCUGCCGCAGAUGCCCUCACACCACUCGACGAAUUCCUGGUCACCUUGAGGGAGGACUUUGCAAAGCUCGAUGCCCUGGACGUCGGGAGCGAGGAGUCGGUCCAGCAGGCCAAGGACAUUAACAUGCAGGCAGGUGUGCACGUGGAUGCUGCUGGCAGAGUCAUCAAGAAGUUGAAGACGAUGAACGAGUGA